ACGAUGCAUGUAGUUACUAAACAUAAAUAGUGUUGGUGCGAAAUAUCUGGGAGAUAAGUUCACCCUAAAUACCAGAACAACAUGGUUUGCAGCAAAGGUAUUCCCAGUUUGAACUGAGGGCAUAAUCCCACUGAGCUACAAGAUCUAUGUUUUAGUUCUAUAAGAGGUAACUAACUUUGUGUACUGCUCAGGGAGAAACAGCUGGUCCGAAAUCAAUUUGAGUGCUUUAAAAACAAACAUGCCCUGUUUUGUUGGCAAGAAAACAAAAUAAACCAGAGUUAAUGAGAAAUUAAGCAUUAAAGACACGUUUGGCUUCUUUGAUGGUUCUCAGCGGUCUAUUGUAUUGACAAUUAAAUGGAAAUUUAAAGUAAACUGUGAUCCCUUCCAGCUUUGGACACAAAUGAAACCUUCAUGCGGGGUCACAAACACAUAUAUUCAAAUAUUUGUGGUUGUGUGUCCAGAGUGAAGGCUCUCUGCAAUAAGGCUUUACCAUUGUUCUCCGUCACUUGGUAACCAAAGUUUGUGGUAGACUUUAAAGCCCAAAAUUGGACGGCGGAGUGUAACCUACAGUAUUUCUGAAAAGCCCACAUGCCGACAGCUGGUAUAAUCAACAGAUUUGCCAUGCAAUCUGUGUGCAAGGACCUUCACCAACCAAGCCUUCUUCAUUCUCCUUCGAAUGCACUUACUACCUGUUGGUGUCGGAAAGCACAUGACAUUACAGAUCUCACAUGUGAGUGAAGAACAAGCUGCCAGAAUAAAGCAUCUUGUCCUGAAUAGAUGUUCCCAUUCAGUGUCACAAAGUGGUUUAAUUGUUGCAUGUCACAGUCUGAGAUCAUGGCUGGACCAGUACAGUGUGUACCAAGACCCGUCCGCCUCUCCCGUGAUGAUAUUAUCAACAGGCUCGGUGUCCAAAGGUUGUGUAAUCCCUCUCUAUUGUGUCAUUUCAAUUGUGCCCUUGUUUAUGUGCCUCUCUCGUGGUAUUCAUUGCUGUCUGGUGUGGGCCUCAAGCUGAGCUAUUCAUGUCUGUCCUGGGGGUGAGAGCUGCAUUAUUGUGUCUGAAGUAGCUGAAAUACUUGUGUUCAACAGGGAAAAGUAGAAAUUAAAGAAGCAGGUUGACUUGGUUACAGGUGAAAACACUUUCUUUCAAGGUCUUCUCACUUAUUUGUAUCCCCUGCCACAAACUGUUUCUGUUUACACCUGCAGCAUCUGAUAGCAAUGUCUCUACCUGGGUCAAAAGAGGCUUCUGUCCACCUCACUGCAGUAUCAUGAUAGCAGUGUGAUAGCAGAGUGUGCAUUAUGCUCCUCUUAUUUAUAGUGACAGGGAGCACAGAUGGAUGCUGCUUCCGCCCUGUCACUGACACUUUGCACACAGCACUGCAGGUCCCUCUGCUCUGCCACAACAGUAUUACUGUGGCAACGGAACUGAUAAAUCUGCGUUUCCAGCAGCUUUUGUGAGAAAAGACAAAGCAGACACUUCCUGCACAGACUCGGCCCAUAAACUUCAGUAAUGUGGUCAUUUAGUGGCAGCCUGUUAAGAAUAAGGCUUUUCCCAGAGACCGGGCGACCUCAGAGAGAACACUUAGAUCACAGAGUGCCGUCCUCCCUUUAAAGCUCAAGCAUGUUUUAUUCUUCAUUUAAGGAUAAUAAGAAGGGAGCAUGCAGCUCCAUGUUAUGCAGUUAAUCUGCUUUGGCAUGUUACUCCCAUUACAUUACAUGUCACUUGUUAGACGCUUUUAUCCAAAGCGACUUACAGACUCAAUACAGUGGGCAAUCCCCACAGGAGCAAUUUGGGGUGAAGUGUCUUGCCCAGGGACACAACGACAUGCUGACUGCAGUGGGGUUUGAACCUGUGACCCCCUGAUCCGAACACCAACGCUCAACCCACUGCACCACACGCCUCCAUUAGCCUUACAUUCCUUGUUACCAUUUACAUUCCUUUGCAUCUUAUAUUUUCUCUUAAUUCGUUUCUCUUAACAAGUUACCUCUUGCCUUAAAAAGUAUUAGUUGAAAUCUGUCUCUAAAACCUUCCUCUGCAACAUCUGUCGGGUAUCAGUCCUCAUCCGGAUUAAAGGGAGAGCAAUGAUACGCUAAGGGACAGCCCUACAACAUUGGUUUCUAGACACAUGCCGGAAAUAAGGCAGGGGAUGGAGUGAAAGCCCAGCCCUGGAGGAGGAAGGCAAUGCAUGAUGGAAGUCCAGACCCGGACCAAGAGGCCAAGGCCCGGCACCAGGCUCAGCUGGAGCAGCGUCAUCUAGAGGCCUACAGGAAUAUGCACCGCCUCAGAAAAGCCCCCUGUCGCCGAUAUGCUGCCCUGCUCUCAGACAAGGUCAGCUCCCAGAGAGCACUGCUGCAGCAGAGAGAAGAGGCAGCCAGAGGCAAGUCAGAGAGUGAGGCUCAGCAGAAACAAAAGAAGUUGUCCUUCUCCAAGCUGCUGCAUGAUGACUCAUACCUGAAGCCCCUCCCUAAAACCAGCUAUUACCUGAUCUUUGACCUCCAGAGGCAGUUAUCUAAGCAUGGACAUUUGAAAACCCACCACGACUUGGAGGACUUUUAUAGGGGCAUCAAAUAUAACCGUCACCCAGUACAGCUGUAUAAAAGUCUGGAGGAUGUCAAGAAAAGGAUGUUGGAAAGCAGACCUGCAGCUGGUUUGAUGACCGACAAGAAAUCAGAAAAAUAUCCCCACACCGCUGAAGAUAGAGGACAUGAAGGCCACUCCAGGAGGAGAAUACCUACACUGUCACACAUCCCAGCUGUAUGCAAGUUGACCAGAUUACAGAUAUUAGAGCAUGAGUCUGGAUCAGGAGAGGGCUUUGCAGAGCUGAUCUUUGGUGGCAGCCAGGAGAAGGAGCAAACUGAGCAAAUGUUUCCCAAGACGCUUCCAAGUGUUGACUCCAAACAAGGGAAGACGAGCCAAACCAACCAGGCGCCUCUCUGCUCUCCAAAACAGCAAAGCAGUGUCCGGAAAGACCGGCCCUCUUGUUCCCCACCUCUGAGAAGAGUGACCUCAGCCAGACAUCCAUGUCUUGAAACUCUGGUUUGGGACAUAGCAACAUGCUGUCGGAAAACACCUGAUCCCUUAUCCAUUGAAGAUGUGUGUCAACAAGAGCAUAUAGAGAUAAUUGACUGUGGAUUUAAGCUGGAGGAACUAUAAGGUCAACCCAAAUCACUGAAGAUAAAGCAAUUAUCUCUGUAGAGAAAAUGUGCAAAUAUGAGUGUGUCAGUUCAUAUGGCAAUUCUACAAAACAACAUUACUAUAUUAAAUGAUUUUGAUUUUCUUC